AGCCUGCUGACGUCAGUGUUGUGCGUCCGCUGACAGCGUCUCCGUUGCUAUGGAGGUGACGCGUGACGUCAUUGCACGGGGCGCGCGGGAAGACAGCGAUCGGCAUCUGACACAGGAAGGAACACGUGACCAGCCGAGUGAUGAAGCUGAGUAAAGCGAAGUAUGAUGAGAUUGCCCGUUUCAUCACUACCCUGAAGCCCAGCCGGCAAUGCAUGAGGCAGCUGAAGGAGAGGUUUCCCCGUCAAUCGCAGUCCACUCUGCUGAGCAUCUUCUCCCAGGAGUACCAGAAGCUGACUAAAAGGACACAUGCGAGACAUCAUGCUCCCGACACCAUUGAAACGUACUACAGCAGGUAUCUAAAUGGCGUAGCUGUAGACCCAGCCGCACCUGUUUUACUAAACCUGGCUAAUGAGGUGGACUUUUCUCCAGCCCUUAUUGCACGGAUUGUUUUGGAGAGAUUCCUGCAAGAUCAAGAUUCACCUCCACCCACAAAGCCCGUCUUAAAUAGCAUGCUGCGUGAGCCGUCUCUGAUCCCUGACCCUGUUCUUGCCAAUCAGGUCCAUCAGUGUAUUAUCAAUGACUGCUGUAACGGACCCUUGGUGGAUUGCAUCAAACACUCAAUCGGUUAUGAGCAUGAAGUACUACUGAGAGAGAAGCUCUUGGAGAGAAACCUAGCCUUUUUAGAUGAAGACCAGCUGCGUAUUAAGGGCUAUGAUAAAACUCCUGACUUCAUCCUGGAGGUGCCAGUAGCUGUGGAUGGACAUGUUAUUCAUUGGAUUGAAAGCAAAGCAUCCUUUGGAGAUGAGAGCAGUCAUCGCAUGUAUUUGCAGGAUCAGUUCUGGAGCUACUGGAACAGAUUUGGGCCUGGCCUGGUGAUUUACUGGUACGGAUUUAUUGAGGAGCUGGACUGUCACCGAGAUCGCGGCAUUCUACUGAAAGAUGACUUUCCCCGUGAUAUCGUAACUCUGCGUAACUGCUUGGUGCUGGAAGAUGAGCGUGGCCGACAUACCGAAGACUAUGCGACGGAGAAAAGCCAGGAAGCAGUGUAAUAAUUCUACGCGAGCCUCAAAUGCUGAACUCCGGAUGAACUGCAGUACCAAGUCACAGAGCUGCCUUCUCAUACAAACACUCAGACAAUCUGUUUACCUUCCUUUCCAGCCGCCCUUCUGCCCUGUGCUCCAGCCCAAAGCCCACGCACUAUCUGAAACACCUUUGCUUCUGCAGAUGCUCUGCGGACAUACACACUGGCCUUCCUUCCGCCUGCACCCUGUACCUAGAGUGAAAAGGAAACCACUGCUCUUCUGACGCCCUCACCGUUAACUGACGCCCUCACCGUUAACAUCUCCCCAAAAUAUAUUUGCAGAGGACCUGACGUGCGUAAUAGGUGUCAUUCUCUGGCGCAGUGCAACUGUGUGAAGAAAGCGAUCAGUCAUUAUUAAGUUGUUACCAUGACCUGGAGUGUGGUGAGAAAUGUACAGUCUGCAUCGCAGUUUUUAGCAGCAUUGCAAUCAGGAGGUUUAUAUUUGCUUAUCAUACAUUGCAGAUGUUGGGAAUAUUAAAGUUGGAUUACUGUCUGAUAUUAAAGGUGUUGUUCAAUCUUGCAGCCUAAAAGCUAAUUAAUGAUCAUGUUGUUUCAUUUGCAAAUAAAGCAUUUUUCAAUCA